GUGUAGAUCGAUUUGCGGCGAAGCGUUGUUAAUAAAUAGCUAUGAUGUUGCGUUUGGUGGUGCGGCUGAGACAGUCUGCCAGUCUCACCCGGUCCAGUCUCCAUUCGGGUCCUGCUUUUACCUCGCGAUCCGAACCGAGAACAUGCCACCUAAAAAGGUACCAUUCAAGAGGUUCGACUCGACUACGGCCGUUGUGUCAUGCCACGAAAUUAAGCAAAGGUACCAGCCGCAACAGAAACUCUUUUCUGCAGUGUAGUCAGAUUCCCAGUUUGCAUCAGAGCCAGCGGUACUACAGUUUACCACCUCACCAAAAGGUGGAGUUGCCUGCUUUAUCUCCCACAAUGCAAAUGGGCACCAUCGCCCGCUGGGAGAAGAAAGAGGGGGACAAAAUCAGUGAGGGAGACCUAAUCGCAGAGGUGGAGACAGACAAGGCCACCGUGGGCUUUGAGAUGCUGGAGGAGUGCUACCUGGCCAAGAUCCUGGUACCAGAGGGCACGAGGGAUGUGCCCAUUGGAGUGGUUAUCUGUAUCACUGUGGACAGCCCAGACCUCAUCCCUGCCUUCAAGGAUUAUACUCCGGAAAUGGCCAUGGCUGCUUCCAGCCCGGCCGUGGCGGUACCCCCGCCCCCACCUGCAGCGGGCCCUCCACAGGCUCCAGGCAGCUCCUACCCUUCACACAUGAAGAUCCUGCUGCCUGCCCUGUCCCCCACCAUGACAAUGGGCACCAUGCAGCGCUGGGAGAAGAAGGUGGGGGAGAAGCUCAGCGAAGGGGACCUGCUGGCAGAGAUCGAGACAGACAAGGCCACCAUUGGUUUCGAGGUGCAGGAGGAGGGGUACCUGACCAAGAUCAUGGUCCCAGAGGGGACUCGGGACGUACCCCUGGGGACUCCACUGUGCAUCAUUGUAGAGAAGGAAGCUGACAUCAAGGCCUUUGCUGACUAUGUUGAGACGGGUAUCGCAGAGAUCAUGACCCCACCCCCUGCACCUGCCCCUACCCUGGUGGCAGCGCCCCCACCUCCCCCACCGGCCUCCCCUUCCGCACCUGCUCCCAGUCCAGCUGCCCCACCCGGGCCCCCUAAGGGCAGAGUGUUCGCCAGCCCCCUGGCCAAAAAGCUGGCUGUGGAAAAGGGAAUUGAUCUUUCCCAGGUCAAGGGGUCAGGCCCAGAUGGCAGAGUCACCUGGAAAGACAUCGAGAGCUUCAUCACAGCCAAGGCUGCUCCUACUCCACCAGCUGCACCAGUGGCUGCCCCUGCUGCCCCAGCCCCUGCCCCCGCCCCCUGCCCUGCCCCUACCAUGGAGGCCGUGCCAACAGGAACCUUCACAGACAUCCCCAUCAGCAACAUCCGCAGAGUGAUAGCACAGAGGCUGAUGCAGUCCAAACAGAUCAUCCCUCACUACUACCUGUCUGUGGAUGUCAACAUGGAUCAAGUUCUGGAGCUGAGGAAGGAGCUCAACCAGGAAGUGAAGGCGGACAACAUCAAGCUCUCGGUGAACGACUUCAUUAUUAAGGCCUCAGCCCUAGCCUGCCUGAAGGUCCCUGAGGCCAACUCCUCUUGGAUGGAUACUGUCAUCCGCCAGAAUCACGUGGUUGACAUUAGCGUUGCAGUCAGCACGGCCAGCGGCCUGAUCACACCUAUCGUGUUCAAUGCUCACAUCAAGGGCCUGGCAGCUAUCAGCAAGGAUGUGAGCACACUGGCCACUAAGGCACGCGAGGGCAAACUGCAGCCACACGAAUUCCAGGGCGGCACAUUCACCAUCUCCAACCUGGGCAUGUUUGGCAUCAAGAACUUUUCGGCCAUCAUCAACCCUCCCCAGGCCUGCAUUCUGGCUGUGGGAGGCUCAGAGAAGAGACUGCUGCCUGCAGACAAUGAGAAAGGGUUCGAUGUGGCCAACAUGAUGUCUGUGACACUGAGCUGUGACCACAGGGUGGUGGAUGGGGCUGUGGGCACCCAGUGGCUGGCCGAAUUCCGCAAGUUCGUGGAGAAACCCGUCACCAUGCUGUUGUGAUCCCUCCCUCACCCUCUCAUUUCCAGACACCCGGAUUAGGGUGGCCUGCUCAAAGGAGCCGCCAUCCCCUAUUAAAUGUAUAGUCUCCCUCCCUCUCUCCC